AUGGAAAAGUGUGCCGAUUAUGAAAGGCACAGGCUAGAACGCCAAUGUGAAACGUUGCGGCGGUACGCGGUUGUUGGUGUUGGCAUGUCCAUGGUGGCAGCUUUUGUGUGUAUAUUAAGUGUUCCUUUCAUCUACAAUUACCUACAAGAAGUGCAGUCGCUGCUGCAGAAUGAAGCUGAUUACUGUAAAGUGAGUGGAAAUCUUUUUUUUCCUAACUGUCAAGGGCUAAGCCCUAGCCUAAGCCCUAGCCAAAGCAAAAUUUCCAAAAUUUCAGACAAGAUCCUCCGCCCUCUGGCAACAAAUGGCUAAAACCCAAGACGUUCGUGGCGUUCAAAUCAUUCAUAGGCAUGUCCGUCAAGCCGGCUAUGACUCCGUGCCCCUGACUCCACGCCCAGACGGUGGCUACGAUCACGGAUCAGCUGGACUAGAGAACCACCCAACUACUCAGCAAAGCAUUCCAGCUCAGCCAACCAGUCCAGCUAGCUCACAAUGUUGUGGCUGUUCUUAUGGUGAGCCAGGAGAGCCUGGAAUCCCCGGUCCAGACGGAGAUGAUGGUCAAGACGGUGUUGCUGGACCAGAAGGACCACCAGGCCAGGAUGCUGAGCAUGACCAGACCUAUGAAAACGACUUUUGCUUUGAAUGCCCACCAGGACCAAUUGGACCAAGAGGACCGGAAGGAGAGAAGGGUGCUCCAGGAAGGCCCGGUAAGCCAGGUCGUGACUCAGAACCUGGCGAGGCCGGCCUACCUGGACCACCAGGUCCAGCCGGACCACCCGGCACUCCUGGACUGCCUGGUCGUGUUGGCGAGCCAGGUAAGCCAGGCGAGCUUAUCGAACAACAAGGACCACCUGGUGAAGCUGGUAUUCCCGGUGUGCCCGGACCAAAAGGAGUACAAGGACCACCUGGCACACCCGGUGCUCCAGGGCAACCCGGACCUAAGGGUCCACCUGGAGAGCCUGGAGUACCUGGACCACCCGGAAAUGUCGGUGCUGAAGGAGCACAAGGUCUUAAAGGAGAACAAGGACCUCCGGGCAGUUGUGAUCAUUGUCCUCCACCUCGUACUGCUCCUGGAUAUUAA